UGCCGCCGAGCCGAGGCAUCGGGCGGGCAGCGGGCGGGCGGGCGCGCCAUGAGCGCCGAGUGCAGCAGUUACCUCAACGCCGACAAGGUGCUGGUGAGCGGGUUCAGCUGCCCGCGGGCGGGCGGCGACGCCCGCGCCGUGUUCUGCUGCGGCUUCCAGGACGUCAAGUACUGCUGCGAUGAUCCCCACAGCUUCUUCCCCUACGAGCACAGCUACAUGUGGUGGCUCAGUGUUGGAGCACUCGUGGGCCUGUCAAUAGCAGCAGUGGUCCUCUUUGCUUUUAUCAUCACUGUGUGUGUUCUCUGUUAUUUGUUUAUCAGCACCAAGCCACGCAGCAAACUGGAUACUGGUCUGAGCUUACAGACGGCAGACAGUGAGGCCAGAGGGAGUUCAGUAUGUUAAAGACAGAGGCACUGAAUGGAUUCUAUCAACGUUAUGAAGAGAUACAGAGCUGCAUCCUCCACAAAGGCCCCGCCAAAACAAGCUGUUGGCAGAGCCACGUGACUUCAAGAGAUUUCCUAAGCCACAAGGAUAGACUGUGACUGUAAGCCACGAGAACCCAAUUCACUCUUCCAGAGGUGUUUCCUGGCUCUUACAACCACUCUCGAUAACCAGAGGCCAAUCUGAAGCUGUGCCAGGAUGUUUGUGUACGGUUGCUGUACUGAGAAGUUGUGUGUUUUGAUUUGCAUAUCAGCUACUGCUGUCAGUCAUUUUCAUGCAAGUUGUUGUCUCUAUCCUGUGCAAAUCCAGUGAGAUAACACAGUUGUCAAGCAGAGCAGAAUUUGGCACACCAUGUUGACCCAGCUUUAUUUUAAGCUUUCCCUGUGUGCCAUCUCAGUGUGGUGUCUUCAUGUCUUGAACAUGGUUGUCUUUUGCCAAAUGUGACUGUUCAAUGCACAAACAAAUGUGAAUGCAGUACCUCAAUAAAAUCUGGCAUUU